AUGCCUAUUGAGUUAAUUGUUUCUCCAAUCAUGAAACCCGUUGUCCGUGCCAAAUCUAUCCUUUUCAGCCCGCAUAGAAGAAGUUCCCGCUAUGUUCCCAUAAUUAAAGAGCUACCCGAAGAUAAUAUUUCCCAAUAUGCUGUAUUAAAAAGAUUUGGUUCUGGAUCCAAGACGUUUGAUGUUUAUGAUACAAAUAAAGGUGAAAACCCCACUGGACCAGAGAACCCCGGCUCAAGUGUAUUUUGGUUUACACGUUCCAGAGCAGUUAAAGGUGCUUACAGGAUGUAUUCCCGUUCGAUUCGAGGAACUGGACCCAAUGAAGAAGACGAACCCGUUGCUGCUGUUAAGGCUGGUCUUCGAGGAAAUGUGUUGUUAAUUAGGGCUCCAGAAGGUGCUGCUGCCGAAUUGGGGUGGCAUGUUAUUAAUCAUCGUGUUGAUGCUAUUGAUAGUUACAGAAUAUUUACUUUAGCCAAUGGUAAUACGUACCAAUGGACUUUUCGUGGUCAAUGGUUAGAACAGGUUCAUAACUUGGGUGAAAAGGAGAGCGAAGUAAGAGAACGAAUUGGACAAGUCACUAGUAAUGGGACCAGUGGGUUUACGCUCAAGGUUGACGAGUCAAAGAUUCCCAGAGAAAUGGCGUUAAGUACUGCCUUGUGUUCCGUCAUUGACCAAUGGAAUACAAACCUUGAGGUGGGUGGAAUUUAUUAUCCGAGACAAAAGGGAAAUGUACGUUGGAAGAGGGAUUAA